CGCGAUGUUUACCCAGUGAGAACGAACUUUCCAACAUGGCAGGUAAUAGGACAGUGUUAGAGGGGCGAGUUAGUAUAAAAUGCUUCAUAUUGGGAUUCUGUGUUGUUUUAAUUCCCAUUAUUUCGUCGGUGGCAGCACGCGUGGCCUUGGCAUCAGAUUACUUAACCGGCACAUGGGGCAAAAUAGCCAUUGCUGUGUAUCUGGUGGUGAUUAACGGUUUAGUUCUUGUCCUGUACAAAGGACCAAUUUAUAAGGUUGCUGUGCGGGCUUGCUUUCUUGGCUUUACCUUUGGUUGUGGUCUGCUUGUCAGUUUGACUCAGACAACAUGGACACACUUUGGCUGGUACAUGUGCUCCUUGUCCUUCUUCCACUACUCUGAAUACUUGGUGACGGCCAUGAUUAACCCCCAAAGUCUGUCCUUGGACUCUUUUCUCCUCAACCACAGCCUGGAGUACACUGUGGCUGCCCUGUCCUCCUGGGUGGAGUUCACUGUGGAGAUUCUUCUGUUCCCAGGGCUGAAGCAGUGGCGCUGGGUAAGUCUGAUGGGACUGCUGAUGGUGGUGUGUGGGGAGUGCCUGAGAAAGUCGGCCAUGCUGACCGCCGGCUCCAACUUCAACCACAUCGUCCAGAACGAGAAGGCCCAGAGCCACGUGCUGGUGACCUCGGGCGUGUACUCCUGCUUCAGACACCCAUCCUAUGUGGGCUGGUUCUACUGGAGUAUUGGCACGCAGGUGGUGCUCUGUAACCCUGUGUGCGUGCUGGGCUACACGUUGGCCAGCUGGCGUUUCUUUCGGGAGCGCAUUGAGGAAGAGGAGAUGUCUCUCAUUCUCUUUUUUGGAGAAGAGUACUUUGAGUACAAACGCAAGGUACCUACAGGCCUGCCCUUCAUCCAGGGCAUGUGUGUGGAACCCUGAACUGGCUAUAGAGGCAGUGACAAAGACACAACAUAUUUAAUGAAACAUGCCAAAGCCUCCUCAGACUGGCUCUGAGUUAGCGGGAGCUGGCAGUCUGACACUGUGGCUCCGCCCCUUGGCUGCAUGGAGUGCCCAGUGCCUGUGCCAGGCAACCAGAGACACUGAUAUGCUGAGCACUGUGGAGCUCCGCCCCCUGCCCCCAACAAGCACGCCCCCCAGCAAAAGUGCCCAUACCUCUUCCUGUCUCUCGGCAAACCCUCAACCAACCACUCCAUGUCUCCAUGCUUGUUUACAGUUUUUAUUCAAUCCCUGUGGAUCUCCUGAUUUUCCUGUUUGUUUUCUUAGUGUUCAGUUACUGAUGGGUAAGUCUGAGAGCAAGAGGGCUUUCUGUCACUAGAGAGGAACUUGUGCCUAAUUGGAUUUGAAUUUCCAAAAAAUGGUUUCAUGUGGUGUCAUGUAUCGGAUAGGCUGGAUCUCAGUGGUCAUAGAGUUGUGACAAAUAUAUAAUAUAUAAAAUUUGCUGAAGGUUAGUUGGAGGUAGUGUAUACAUGCAUAGAUUACCAAGAUUUUACCAUAAUUGUUCUGGCAAAUGUUACCAGUAAAUGGAUCAGGAAUGAUUAGUGAAGAUUAUAUGAAUUUAUAUGAUAUUAUAUUAAUUUCUUCUCCCCUGUGUUUGAUGGACAAGUGGAACCUGGCUAUAGCUAAGAAAAUCUGUGUUUGUGGUCCAGACUCAAGGAGCCAUUCGCUCUUUUUGCAUGUAGCAGGAGCUCAUUUUAAAAUGCCUGUGAAUACAAAGUUAUUUUGCGUGUUUCAGUGGUGUAAAUUCCAGAUACAUAGUGAUUUGUGCAGAUUUUUGCCACUUAUGGUAAAUAAUGUGCUAAUAAUGAGCUCUGGGUCUGAAUAAUUGCGGCACAGCAUUUUCUCAACAUUUAAAAAUGUUGAGAAAAUGGAGGGCUACACAGCUGCAAAAUUACGUCUGAAGAAUCAUUGCUGGAUGUUAUCAUUCCAAAGUGUGAACCAAGCUCUCUAAGCUCUGCAGUGAAACAUUUGAAGAGAUUCUGAUGCUGUGCACUAAUGGCAUCAUUUGGGUCUUAUUCCAGUUGCCUGAAAUCAUCACUUUUGACUGUCAUUGCACUGAGGUUUGUGAUGAGUGGAAGGCUGCAUAUGUAAUGGCCAAGUUAUGGCCAUAUACCGGGAACAAUAGCUGGCCUGAUAUUGCUUGAUUUUUGUUUUGUUGAUUUGAAUACCACACAGUGUGUUUGCAUACUGCACUCAAACAUGGAUUGCCUUCACUUUCUUGAAUCAAUUUGUGAGAGCUUCCAUGAUCAUUUUUGAGUGUAAUUAUUCACUACAUUGGUGAAAUGUGUUUAAUUGUAUUUUAAUAAAGGUUAUUGAUUUAGGGAAGCGAUACAGAA